AUGGCUAUGGAAAAUGUAGCCCUGCGCGCUUGUUCAGCAUGUCGGAAGCAGAAGCGAAAAUGCACUAAAGAAUUGCCAGACUGCAGUCUCUGCCUCAAGAAUAGACGGGCCUGCGACUAUGGCGAUAGCCUUCCUGCCGUAGCAUUUCCCGGCCCAGGUGCACAGGAGGCUUCGCAGCGGGCCAUCGGUAUUUGUUCACUGCCCAUGGGUACAACCAUGCAACCGCAGUUACCUUCCGUUAAUUUCGCCCAAUCAGAGUUUCCGGCAUGCUUUUUCCUAGACCAUGAGACAUUCCAGUUGCUGGGCAUGAGUAUAAACGUGGCGGCAACCCACUUCCCACGAGCGUUAUUAGACUUCGUUCGUGAUCGUCCUCGAAUAGAAAAUGAUGUGGAUACUUACUUCAAUUCGACCCAUUCUUUUUUCCCGAUAAUCUCUAAGAUUCGCUUUUACAAGGAGUUUAACAACCCUAGUGGGGCUAUUAAUCUAGACACGGGGCUAUUACUACUGACUAUGCGGUUGAAUAUACAGCCUGCUAAUCAUGAUGGUAUUGAUCCGUUGUCUCGCGAAACUUACAAAACUGCCAAAGCGUAUUUGGCUGAGAUUGAAGCCAGUAACGUUAUCUCUGUUCGGCUUUUGCAGGCAGCACUGUUAAUUUCCUUAUACGAGGUAUCAAACGGGAUGUUUCCCACAGCAUAUCUGACCGUGGGACAUUGUGCAAGGCUAGGACAUGCUCUUGGCAUCCAUGCUAGAAAACGUGCUCCUCAAGUGCUCUCUCCGCCCGUAUCCUCAACCGAGCUGGAAGAGCGGUCGAGAGUUUGGUGGGGCGUCAUAAUAUUGGACAGAUACGUGGGAAUUGGUGGAAAGUGCCGUCCAUUCGCCUGCGACGACGCCCGCCCAGAUACCUAUUUGCCAAUAGAUGACACCUACUGGGAUCAGGGGCAACCUACACUCGUCCAACCGCUUGCGGUUUCCACAUCUACCAAUAUUGCCACAUCUCCAUUCGCUAGAACAUGCCAAGCAGCCCAUCUUUUAUCUCGGGUUCUGCGCCAUCUAAGCGAUUGCGAUACUGACCCGGAAUUUCGAUAUCAAGAGGCUAUCCAAAUUGACCGUACAGUCCAAGCCUUAAGCACGUCGGCUUUACUUGGCGCUGAAGAAAGUGGCAACAAAACAUCGGACCCUACCGCGAAUUUACUUUUUUGCACUGCAAUAAGCCUUUGCUUUAGCGCGCUGUUUUGUCUUUACUCUGAAUACUCUUGUACCGAAAGCUUCGCCCCUGAACAGCUCAAGAGCUCCAACCUCCAGGAGAUGCAGCACCGAGCACUUUCGGGCCUCGAGGAAAUAUGCGAGGCAGUACUUCGGUUCUCUAAAAGUGUGCAUGUGGCUGUAGAAAUUGGAGGAACGACGAGAGUUAGUCCGUUGAUAUGUGACUGCCUCUACCAAGCUGCAUCAACCUACCUUUGGUACAGCCGCGAAAGCGGAGACCAGCAGUGGCAUGAGAAAGUAAUUGAACUCAAAAUGAUGUUGGAGAUAAUCGGGCAGAGGUGGCAAUGUGCAAACGAAUACAUGAAGAUUCUUGAGGCGUAUGAGACUUCAGAUAAGAUCUUGUAG